AUGAGAUACGCCCUGCAACUUCUGGUGCUUGCCGCUGCUCUUGGCAUUGGAAGUGCGUCAAGCUCAGAUGUCCCGAGUGAAACUUCCAUUGCAUCCUCUGUGGGUGUAACCGAUGUGGCAGUCGGUGCUGCUUGCGCUUGCAAGAAGCUCUCUACUACUCAGUCAAACCAAGUUACUUUCCCUGGCACGGCCAAUUACAGCCAGGAGGUAACCAGAUACUGGGAUGUUCGAGCCUCUUUGAGCCCAGCGUGCAUUUUAAUGCCAAAGACCGCCGACCAAGUAGCUUCCGCCGUUAAGAUCUUUGUUCAAUGCGAUGCCCAGUUUGCCAUCCGUGGAGGUGGACAUAUGAACCACCCCGGUUCAAACAACAUCGACGGCGGCGUCCUUCUGGCAUUCAACCACAUGACCCACUACAAGAUCAAUAAGGAGACAAUCGAAGUGCAGCCGGGAUUGACUUGGUAUGAUGUAUAUUCGGCACUUGAUCCCUACGGACGGACAGCCAUUGGCGGUCGCCUGAAAACGAUUGGAGUUCCUGGACUUACUCUCAUUGGCGGAGUUUCUUAUUACAUCAACAAAUACGGCUUUGCGAUGGAUAAUGUCGCGAGUUACGAUAUUGUGCUUGGAAACGGGACCUUGACAACUGCGAAUCCUAAGAACAACCCAGAUCUCUUCUGGGCAUUGAAAGGGGGUGCUAACAAUUUUGGAAUUGUCACCAAAUUCACCCUGAAGACGUAUUACAUGCCGAAGAUUAGCACCACGAUCCAAGUAUUCAAUGAAAGCUCGACUCCGGCGUUCAGUCGCGCGAUUUGCGACUGGGCAGUGGGAAACAGCGAUAGUCCUGUUGCUGCCGGUUCGGUCAUUACCACAACCUAUAACACGACUACUCAUGAGAUCUCAUCCAGUCUUAUGGGUGUCCAAGCUGGGGUUAGCAAUCCGCCGUCUGAAUUCAGAAACUUCACUGCGAUUCCAGGCGUGGCGAAAAUCCACAGCGUCACAAGUGGGAAGAAAUGGGCAUCGAAUCUGGACACACCUAACCAGAUGUUCCGCGUCAUGUUCUCGCACCACUCAAUGAUACCCGAUGCUGAUGUAUUCACAACCAUGAUCGAGACAUGGAAAAAUGCAGUCAAAAACAUCGCCGACGUUCAAGGUCUCUAUCCGACAUUUGUGGCCAAUAUAUCCCCAGCCAGCGCUGCGAGAGUUGCUAAAACCAAUGGUAUUGGGAAUGUGUGGGGACUUGAGGACGAAGCUCUGAUCUGGUGGCAGCUAAGCACAGGCUGGGAUCUUGCCCAGGACGACCUUCGGGUGGAAGCUUGGGCUCGCCAAUUGACUGAGAAUCUGCACAGAUUGAACAAGCAGAAUGGGUUGGCGAGGGACUUUGUUUAUAUGGGUGAUGCGGGCGAGUGGCAAGAUCCGUAUGCUGGCUUUGACCAAGCCAAUGUUGAACGCAUGAGGGAAAUCAGAGACGCCUAUGAUCCUAAGGGAACGUUUUCGAGGCUGAACUGGGGUGGAUUCAAGCUUGGCUAUUGA